AGAACUCAGAACCAGAUGUUUGCCCUUGCUGGCUGACGACGCCGUCAACACCUUGCAUUCCCAUUCACAACACUUUUCCAGGAGAGGAAAACAAGUUGUUUUCUGAAGAAAGCAAAACCAGUAGCAGCAACAUGUCCGACGAAUCCUGGAGAAGGCCAAGUUUUCGCCACAGUGUGGUCAACAAAAUCAACGAUUGCAUACAAAGUACCGGCCUAAACUCGAGCCGAAAUGGACAGGAAAUGGAAAGUCACGUCUUCCAGAGGGCACAAAACAAGGACGAAUAUCUUGGAUUUGUGGCCCGGCUGAUUCUGCACAUUCGCGAAAUUGGUCAGAAACAAAAUAUUCAGCAAAAUUCAUAUGAUUCCGAGGAAGAAUGGGUGGAUCGAUAAAACUUAUUAAACUUUUUGUGAUACGUUCAAUUAAAAAUGAAACGAAAUUCUUGUAAAUUUGUCAGGCGAAUCAUUAAUAAAAAUGAGUUAAGAAAAA